GCUCAGGAAGGUUCGCGAACGCCCGCGGGCGUCCACGGCGGCUCCGGCCGGGGGCCGUGGCGCGGGGUCCACCACGAGGCGACAGGCUGUCGAUCUGCAACGCCCUGGCCCACUGCGGGAGGUCACGGCCCGGGGGCCUCGACCCGGGGUCACAGCGCCCCACCCCCCAGCCUGGCUGCCUUGAACCUUGGUUGCUGGGCCUGGCGGUUCGCGGCGCUCAUGGCUGCGGCCAGCGUGACCCCUCCCAGCUCCCUCGACCUGCUGCAGCCCGGCUUCUCCAAGAGCCUGCUGGGGACCAAGCCGGAGGACAAGUACCUGUGCUCAGCCUGCAGGAACGUCCUGCGCAGGCCCUUCCAGGCGCAGUGCGGCCACCGCUACUGUUCCUACUGCCUGACCAGCAUCCUCAGCUCCGGGCCUCAGAACUGUGCCGCCUGCGUUAACGAAGGCAUAUACGAAGAAGGCGUUUCUAUUUUGGAAAGCGGUUCGGCUUUCCCGGACAACGCUGCGCGCAGGGAGGUGGAGAGCCUGCCGGCCGUCUGCCCCAGCGACGGCUGCACCUGGAAGGGGACCCUUAAAGAGUAUGAGAGCUGCCACGAAGGCCACUGCCCGUUCAUGCUGACCGAGUGCCCGGCGUGCAGGGGCCCGGUCCGCCUCCGGGAGAAGGGGCGGCACUCAGAGCAGGAGUGCCCCGAGAGGAGCCUGCGCUGCCGCCACUGCCGGGCACCCUGCUGCUGGGCCGGCCUGCAGGCACACUACGAAGUCUGCCCCAAGUUCCCCCUGACGUGUGAAGGCUGUGGCAAGAAGAAGAUCUCCCGGGAGAAAUUCCAGGACCACGUCCAGGCGUGUGGCAAAUGCCGAGUCCCGUGCAGGUUCCAUGCUGUCGGCUGCUCCGAGAUGGUGGAGAGCGAGAAGCAGCAGCAGCACGAGGCCCAGUGGCUCCGGGAGCACCUGGCCAUGCUGCUGGGCGGCCUCCUGGAGGCCAAGCACCUGUCGGGAGCCGACGGCCUGGGCCAGGGCGAGCCGGGGGGCUGGGAGGCCAGCACGCCGUGCCCCGAGGCAGAGCCCUCCAAGGCUGCGGAGCUCCGGCAGCGGUGUGAGGCCCUGGAGAGGAAGACGGCCACCUUCGAGAACAUCGUCUGCGUCCUGAACCGGGAGGUGGAGCGGGUGGCCAUGACCGCCGAGGCCUGCGGCCGGCAGCACCGCCUGGACCAGGACAGGAUCGAGGCCCUGAGUAACAAGGUGCAGCAGUUGGAGAGGAGCAUCGGCCUGAAGGACCUGGCGAUGGCGGAGCUGGAGCAGAAGGUCCACGAGAUGGAGGCGUCCACCUUCGACGGCGUGUUCGUCUGGAAGAUCUCCGACUUCGCCCGGAAGCGCCAGGAGGCCGUGGCCGGCCGCACGCCCGCCAUCUUCUCCCCAGCCUUCUACACGAGCAGGUACGGCUACAAGAUGUGUCUGCGCAUCUACCUGAACGGCGACGGCACCGGGCGCGGGACCCACCUGUCCCUCUUCUUCGUGGUGAUGAGGGGCCCCAACGACGCCCUCCUGCGGUGGCCCUUCAACCAGAAGGUGACCUUGAUGCUGCUUGACCAGAACAACCGGGAGCACGUGAUCGACGCGUUCAGACCCGACGUGACCUCGUCGUCCUUCCAGAGGCCAGUGAGCGACAUGAACAUCGCCAGCGGCUGCCCCCUCUUCUGCCCCGUCUCCAAGAUGGAGGCUAAGAACUCCUACGUGCGUGAUGACGCCAUCUUCAUCAAGGCCAUUGUGGACCUGACGGGGCUCUAGCCGCCUCCCCCCGGGCUCAGGGCUCAGGGGUCAGGGGUCAGAGCAGCUGGGCCUGGCGGCUCGCUGCGGGUGGACUCCUGCCGCCGUCAGGCCGCCGGGACGGGGCCGCCUCCUGGGAGAGGCCGCUCAGCCCGGGCCGCGAGGGGUGGGCUGCAGGCCGGUCAGUCCCGCCGAGGGCUGGCCGUGUAGGCGUUCGGGGCAGAGUGCGUGGAGGGACGGGGUGCGCUGGCCCCUUGUCCUGCCCUCUGGCCCCCGGAGAGAAGGGACGCUCUCGGGCCUGGCCGCCGCUCUGAGGAGAGGCCUUGCCGUGCAGGCCUGGCCAGGCCCGUGCCCAGGGAGGGCACCCCGUGGCGAGUGUGGGGUGCACGUUGGGUGCUGGUGUGAGACGUGGCGCGGUAGCCGCCCCGUCAGGCUGCGGAGGAGUCGUUAUUAAACUGUUAAAUCUC